ACUUUCGGUUUGAAUAACUACAGUCCUUGACCUAUGAAACUUCAUAGUGCCGAUCACAUGACUGUUGAUGCGCAUGGUGCUAAAUUUGGGCCAUUUCUCGGUAAACAUGUACUUUGACAAAUGUAUUUUAUGUCCCAGGUAAUACUGAAAAGAAAGGUUUAUUUUGUCACCGAUUUCCUUUGCUUGCGAGAAAGACCUGUUCUCUAUCGUCUAUCACAAAUUCUGACUUGCAGAUAGCAGGAAAUCAGUAACUCGGGUCGCGAAACGCCCUGAACGUUUCAGCAAUUGAGGCCACCCUAUCAGAAAGGGCAAUAAAAAGAAAUGGAACAAACUUCCAAAAACGCCGAAGGCACUGCCCCUUCCCCGGAUGAGACCACGCCCAUGAUUGGUGCUCAACCACCUGCCGUGCCGGUGAACUACGUGCAACCGGCACAGACGACAGUCAUCACUGCGCCUUGCGGGUUUACUGAGUUCCCGACCCAGGUGACCUGUCCAGCUUGUCAUUCGACUGUUGUCACCAGGACCGCCUACACUCCCGGAGCAUUGACUUGGAUCCUCUGUCUUGUCAUCUGUUUUUUCUGUGGAUUUCUUGGCUGUUGUCUGAUCCCUUUCUGCCUCGAUUUCUGUCAGGACGUUGUCCAUUCCUGCCCAACCUGCAACACUGUCGUUGGGAGGUACAAACGCUUGUGAUAGGUUGGGCUGACCGCUGUAUCCCACUGCUGCCGCCCAAGACGCCCAGGGCGCCACACACAUCACCAACUUUUCCUAGAUCAGACAAAAUCUUUAACUGCGUUCCUAUAUUUACCACUAGUGCUGAUUCUUGCAAAUGUAAGAAAUAAAUCCAAAUGAAAAAUAUAAUGAAAUCAAAAUAACAUUCAUCUCUCGAGUAAAUUUAAUUAAAAUCAGUCAUAGAAAACACUGAAUGACUAAAAAAGCACCCAAUAUACGACUCAUCAGUCGGUUGAGUCAUAUUACCUGCUUAAAAUGACAGUCGACAUCUAAAAGUCAAUAUGAAAAGAAAACGUGGAAAUGGUUUACAACAGGAAACAGUAAGCCACAAGUGAAGCGGCACGUGCAGCUGUUGGUGUGGGGGGGGGGCAAACGAAUGUGGUUUCAACAUGAUGCUGGGGAGAAAAAAAAAUCCAAAGCCUUACUCACGGUCCCCGAAUCCAUGCUUUCAGUUUCUGGUUUGUUUUCUCAGUGUGCUGAUGCUAAUAUUUGAGAAAUAAAUAUACCGAUUAUUUUCUUCCCUACUCAACUGUGAAGUAUUCUUUAUAAAAAAAAUCCGUGGGGGCAAUUUCCUCUUCCCCUGCCCCCACGUUGGAUAAGGUACUGCACCAGUGUAAGUGGUAUUUAAAAUUUGUAAAAAGUAAUCUCAUGGGACGUGAAUGACACCGUUAUAGCAACCCUACAAUAAAUAGUCCUUCCAACUGCCUGUGGUCGUGUAUCGUGAAUAACUGAUAAAUCAUGAAAAAGUAAAAAGAAGGAAAGCAGAGAAACUGUGAAAGC